AUGGAUUUGGGAAGGUUUCCGAUAAUCUCAAUCCUCGAAGACAUGCUCGAAGUCCCGGAAGAGCACAGCGAGAAGAGCCGUAACAAUCCGUCGAGAGCUUACAUGCGCGAUGCGAAAGCGAUGGCGGCUACACCUGCUGAUGUCAUGGAGCACCCGAAUGCGUACGCUUUCGUCGUGGACAUGCCUGGGAUCAAAGGAGACGAGAUCAAGGUGCAGAUCGAGAACGACAAUGUGCUUGUGGUGAGUGGAGAGAGGCAGAGAGAGAACAAGGAGAACGAAGGCGUCAAGUAUGUGAGGAUGGAGAGGAGAAUGGGGAAGUUUAUGAGGAAGUUUCAGUUGCCUGAGAAUGCUGAUUUGGAGAAGAUCUCUGCUGUUUGUCAUGAUGGUGUGUUGAAGGUGACUGUUCAGAAACUUCCUCCUCCUGAGCCCAAGAAACCGAAGACUAUUCAGGUCCAAGUCGCUUGA